CUCGUCUCCCACUUCACCGUGGGAGUGGACCGGCCGACCGCUCGCUCUCCUUCUUCCCCAACGAGGUAGGGUUCCGUCCCGCCGCCAUGGCGCGCGCCGCCGCCUCCAGGCUCGCCGCCGCAGCGACCUCCUCAUCCUCCUCCCCGCUCGAGCUGUUCUCCCGCCACCUCGCCGCCGCCUCCUCGGCGUGGGGCGUCGCUCCAUCGCGGGCGCCCAAUCCAGGGAGGGAGAGGAGGAGCGCGAGCUGGUGGUGCCCUACCAGGUCGUUCCAUGCCACAAGGAGAAUGAAUGCAAGGGAUUACUAUGAUGUUCUUGGAGUGAACAAGGAUGCAUCUGCAUCGGACAUAAAGAAGGCAUAUUAUGUGCUCGCAAAGAAGUUUCACCCUGAUACUAAUAAAGAAGAUUCUGACGCUGAAAAGAAAUUUCAAGAAGUUCAACGUGCCUACGAGGUUUUGAAGGAUGAAGAUAAACGUGAAACAUAUGACCAGCUUGGAGCAGAAGCUUAUGAGCGCCAAGCAUCAGGUGGUGGCCCUGGCCCAGAUGAUUUCUCUGGGAGACAUCCAUUUGGUGACAUUUUUGGUGAUAUGUUUGAUAAUCCUUUCGUCAUGAGAGGAGGUCGAGAUGUCAAGGUUCCAAUUGAACUAUCAUUCAUGGAAGCUGUCCAAGGCUGCAGAAAAACUAUUACAUAUGAGGCUGAUGUUUUCUGUGAUACUUGCAACGGAAGUGGUGUUCCUCCUGGCACUAUACCUCAAACAUGUAAAUCCUGUCGAGGUGCUGGUGUGAUAUUCAUGCAGAGGGGUAUAAUGAGUAUAGAAACUACUUGUUCUCGGUGUGGUGGAAGUGGGAAAAUUGUGAAGAAUUUUUGCAAGACAUGCAAGGGCGAACAGCUAGUGAAGGGGAAAAAAUCAGUUAAGCUCGACAUAAUGGCUGGUAUCGAUGAUAGUGACACUAUGAAGGUUUGUGGAAAGGGUGGUGCAGAUGUUGAGCGCAAUAAACCUGGUGAUCUUUAUAUUACCAUCAAGAUCAGAGAGGAUCCUAUCUUCCGUAGAGAAGGCAACCAUGUGCAUGUUGACGCUAUUAUAAGCAUUGCACAGGCUGUGCUAGGUGGAACUGUCACAGUACCAACCCUUACGGGCAAUGUUUCAGUCAAGGUUCGCCAAGGUACCCAACCAGGAGAAAAGGUUGUUCUCCGGGGCAAAGGAAUAAAAGCACGGAAUUCCCCAGCUUAUGGGAAUCAGUAUAUUCACUUCAACGUCCGAGUUCCAACGGAAGUGACACGACGACAGCGCGAGUUGAUGGAGGAAUUCGAUAAAGAGGAGUGCAGCGAAGGGGAGAGAGUUGCAGCAGCUGCCUCUGGAUGAAAUUUUGGCGCACCCAUUCGUUGAUUGCUUAUACAUAAUAAGUCGAUAGCCGCAGCCCCUAUUACAGGGGCUCGGUAUACCGUAUUAUACAUGAUGUAGUCUUUAGAUUGCAGGUUUUUCAUUGUAUGAUAUGCACGCUAAGGCUAAAUUAUUUGUAACAUUUUGACCUUUUAUUUAUUAUUGUGGCACUGAUGUAGCAGCUAGAACUGUAGGAACAUAUAAUCUCAGCAACAUUCCUAAAUGAGAAUGUAGUAGAACCGAAGGAA